CACCCCAAUGCUUGUCCACAACUGUUCAGUCCGCCAGUGUGUGUAUCAACAUGGCAGAGGCAACUUUGGGUCAGGAUCCCUUCUGCUGUUCAAUCUGUCUGGAUGUACUGAAGGAUCCAGUGACUACUGCCUGUGGACACAGUUACUGUAUGGGCUGUAUUAAGGGCUGCUGGGAUCAGGAAGAUCUGAAAGGUGUCUACAGCUGUCCACUGUGCAUGGAAAGCUUCAUCCCAAGACCUGUUUUGAGGAAAAACAUCUUAUUGGUUGAAUUAAUGGAGAAACAGAAGACGACAGGAUUCAAAUCUGCUCCUCCAGCUCUCUGUUAUGCUGGACCUAAAGAUGUGGAGUGUGAUUUCUGCACUAGGAGGAAACUCAAAGCUGUCAAGUCCUGCCUGGUGUGUCUGGCAUCUUACUGUGAGACUCACCUCCAGCCUCACUUUGAAUCCCCUGCCUUUCAGAAGCACAAGCUGGUCAAAGCCUCCACACAACUACAGCAGAAGAUCUGCUCUCAUCAUGACAAACCACUGGAGGUUUACUGCCGUACCGAUCAGCAGUGUAUCUGUUAUCUGUGUACAAUGAAUGAACAUAAAGGCCAUGAUACAGCUGCAGCAGAAAGGACUGAGAAACAGAAACAGUUGGUAGAGAAUCAGCAGAAAUCCCAGCAGAGAAUCCAGCAGAAAGAGAAGGAGAUGCAGGAGCUGAGACAGGCUGUGGUCUCUCUGAAGCUCUCUGCACAGGUAGCGGUGGAGGACAGUGAGAGGAUUUUUACUGAGCUGAUCUGUUCCAUUGAAAGAAGGAACUCUGAGGUGAAGCAGCAGAUAACAGCCCAGGAAAAUGCUGAAGUGAGUCGGGCUAAAAGGCAACUGAAGCAGCUGGAGCAGGAGGUGGCUGAGCUGAGGAGGAGAGAUGCUGAGCUGGAGCAGCUUUCACACACAGAGGAUCACAUCCAUUUCUUCCAGAGUUUUCAGUCUCUCUGUGUCCCUCCUGGAUCUGAUGCCUUACCCAGCAUAUCUGUCAAUCCACACAUAUCUUUUCAUUUUGUGAAGAAUUUUGUAUCUGAGGUGACAGAACAACUAGAGGAUAUCUGCAAGAAGGAAAUUGUCAAACUAUCAUGGGAAGCACCUCCAUCUGACUACUUCAUGGAUGCCAUUCCACAUACUUCUUAUUACAAUACCAACCAAUUGGCAGGGCGGAGACCCAACCCUCGCUGGAUAACCCAACAACAAUAUUUUCAGAACAUGCAAGCGACCUUCAGCACUGUGAGGCCCAACGUGUCUCACAUGGUGACCCCUCAUCGCAUGGCCGCCCAGGCUGCAGCUACUGUAACCCCAGUGCACAUGCCUCAGUACAAGUAUGCUGCAGGAGUGCGCAACCCUUCAUACAUUCAUACACUUCCCCAGGUUGUUAAGCAGCAGCAUGAUGUCCAUGUGCAGGACCAGGAGCCUCUGACUGCCUCCACGCUAGCUGCUGCUCCUCCUCAGGAACAGAAGGAAAUGCUGGGUCAACGCCUCUACCUGCUCAUCCAGAACAUGCACCCCAGUCUGGCAGGAAAGAUCACUGGCAUGUUGCUGGAGAUUGACAACUCUGAGCUGCUCUACAUGCUGGAGUCUCCAGAGUGUCUCCGCUCCAAGGUGGAUGAAGCUGUGACUGUGCUGCAGGCUCACCAGGCCAAACAGGCAAGAAAAAUGAAAGGAAAGGAAAUAAUUUGAUUCAGCUGGGUCCAGAGAUCUCCAGACAAAAAUGGAAAAUGGUCAAAAUAAAACAGUCUGGGUUUAAUUAUAACAGAUAAUGAAAUUACUAUGGCUGUCAAAUGAUACAAAAAUGCAAUUGAGUUCAUCGCAGGAUUUGCUGUGAUUAAUUGCGAUUUAUCGCAAAUUCUGAAUUUGCUCAAAUUGAGCUGUAUUUUAAAACAAUUGAUACAAAAAGCAUGACAAAAAUAUUGACAUCUUGAUUUUUUCCAAAGUAAUGGUAAGUAGAAUCAGGUAAACAGAUGAAGCACACUUUCUUUAACCGCAAUGUCAACCUGUUUGGACAUUGCAGUGUUGUUUUUAGUUGAAUAUAUUGUGUAUUUUGGAUGUUUUCAGUGUAUUAUGAACGCUUUUAGACAAUACGAUUAAUCACAAUUAAAAAUAAUGUGUGCACAAAAAUUACAAACAGUUAACUUGAGUUAACUGAUUAACUCUCACAGCCCUAGAAAUUACUGAAAGAAUUCUUUUCUGGCACGUUAUUCCUUUUAAAUGUAUGAAUGCUUGGGAUAUUGAAAGUCUAUGUCAUUGUGAAAUGUACAGUGCCUUCAUAAAUAUCAGACUUAUUCCA